GGAUAAUACAACAGAGGAGCGUGAUAAACUAGGUCUCCACACGGUAGCAAGAGGCUGUUGGCGCUGCAGAGACUGCAGGCCCCACACCCAGGCACUAAAGAAGGCACCCCGGGGUGCUAGGAAGACAGCACCAUGGCAGGGGCCUCUGUGAAGGUGGCGGUGCGUGUCCGCCCCUUCAAUUCAAGAGAGAUCGGAAAAGAAAGCAAAUGUAUCAUUCAGAUGUCUGGAAACACCACCACCAUCAUCAACCCCAAACAGGCCAAAGACAACAAGAGCUUCAACUUUGAUUACUCCUACUGGUCCCACACCUCGCCCGAAGACAUCAAUUAUGCCUCUCAGAUGCGAGUGUACAAAGACAUCGGAGAGGAAAUGUUGCAGCACGCCUUCGAGGGCUACAACGUGUGCAUCUUUGCUUAUGGUCAGACAGGUGCUGGCAAGUCCUACACCAUGAUGGGGAAACAGGAUGUCAAGGAUCAACAGGGAAUCAUUCCCCUGUUGUGUGAAGAUCUUUUUACUAAGAUCAAUGACAAUACAGACAACAGCAUGUCCUACUCUGUGGAGGUGAGCUACAUGGAAAUCUACUGUGAACGAGUGCGAGACUUGCUGAACCCCAAAAACAAAGGGCACCUGCGUGUAAGAGAACAUCCUCUGAUGGGACCCUACGUGGAGGACCUGUCCAAGCUGGCUGUCACCUCCUACAAUGACAUCCAGGACCUGAUGGACUCUGGCAACAAGGCCAGGACUGUGGCUGCUACCAACAUGAAUGAGACGAGCAGUCGCUCACAUGCCGUCUUUAACAUCAUAUUCACUCAGAAACGCCAUGACGCUGAGACUGACAACACCUCGGAGAAGGUCAGCAAAAUAAGUUUGGUGGAUUUGGCCGGCAGUGAGAGGGCAGAUUCUACUGGGGCAAAAGGGACAAGGCUGAAGGAAGGAGCAAAUAUCAACAAAUCUCUGACUACGCUGGGGAAAGUCAUCUCUGCUUUGGCAGAAGUGGACUCUGGGCCGAAUAAGAAUAAAAAGAAGAAAAAAGUGGAAAGCUUCAUCCCCUACAGAGACUCAGUCUUGACCUGGCUACUGAGAGAAAAUUUAGGGGGGAACUCUCGCACUGCGAUGGUAGCUGCCCUGAGUCCGGCUGAUAUCAACUACGAUGAGACCCUCAGCACACUCAGGUACGCGGACCGCGCCAAACAGAUUCGCUGCAACGCCGUCAUCAAUGAGGAUCCCAACAACAGACUGGUGCGCGAGCUGAAGGAGGAGGUGUCUCGUCUGAAAGAGCUCCUCUUUGCCCAGGGCCUGGGCGACAUCAUUGAGACAUAUCGAGCGUCUGGUGCUGAGAUAGAGGGUUUGAAAUACCUAUCCGAUUACAAGAACAAUAACAAUAAAGGCCAAGCUGUGAAUCAAAGGGAUGAUCUCUCCACAGUGACCAAUGCCAUGACGGGGAUGAGUCCCUCUCCGUCUCUCUCAGCCUUGUCCAGCCGUGCUGGAUCCAUUGCCAGUCUGCACGACCGCAUCAUGUUCAGCCCAGGCAGCGAAGAGGCCAUCGAGAGGCUGAAGGAAACAGAGAAAAUCAUUGCUGAACUCAAUGAAACUUGGGAAGAGAAACUUCGCCGAACAGAGGCCAUUAGAAUGGAAAGAGAGGCCUUGCUGGCAGAAAUGGGUGUAGCAAUGCGGGAAGAUGGCGGGACAGUCGGUGUGUUUUCGCCUAAGAAGACGCCUCAUUUGGUGAACCUCAAUGAGGAUCCUCUGAUGUCCGAGUGCCUGCUGUACUACAUCAAAGACGGGAUCACCAGGGUUGGUCGUUUGGACGCCAGCAGUCGUCAGGAUAUCGUCCUCAGUGGCCACUUCAUCAAGGAUGAGCACUGCACCUUCACGAGCUCUGCUGGUCCCGUGGGAGAAACAGUGGUCGUCCUCGAGCCCUGUGACGGAGCUGAGACUUAUGUCAAUGGAAAGAGAGUGACAGAGCCUACUGUCCUCAGAUCAGGAAAUCGCAUCAUCCUGGGGAAGAGCCAUGUGUUCCGCUUCAACCACCCUGUGCAGGCUAGAGCUGAGCGGGAGAGGACGCCCUGCGCUGAGACUCCUGCUGAGCCUGUGGACUGGGCCUUUGCCCAGAGGGAGCUGCUGGAGAAACAGGGCAUUGACAUGAAACAGGAAAUGGAACAGAGGCUGCAGGAGUUGGAGGAUCAGUAUCGCAAGGAAAGAGAGGAGGCCAACAACCUUUUGGAACAGCAGAGACUGGAUUAUGAGAGCAAGCUGGAGGCUCUUCAGAAGCAAGUGGACCGGUAUUACCCAGAAGCCCCUGAGGAGGAGGAGGAGCCAGAAGAAGAAGUGCAGUGGACAGAGAGGGAGAGAGAGAGAGCCGUGUGGAGCUUUCGUAAGUGGAGGUUCUACCAGUUCACCUCUCUCCGUGACCUGCUGUGGGGAAACGCCAUCUUCCUCAAGGAGGCCAAUGCCAUCAGCGUGGAACUUAAGAAGAAGGUCCAGUUCCAGUUUGUGCUGCUGACAGACACGCUCUACUCCCCACUGCCUCCGGACCUGUUGCCCCCAGAGGCAACUAAAGACAGAGAGAAGCGACACUUCCCACGCACCAUUGUGGCCGUGGAGGUCCAGGAUCAGAAGAAUGGAGCCACCCACUACUGGACAUUAGAAAAACUAAGACAGAGGCUCGAUCUCAUGAGAGAGAUGUACGACCGUGCUGCUGAAGUGCCCAACAACUCGACUGAGGACUGUGAAAAUGUGAUGACCGGAGGCGACCCCUUUUACGACCGCUUCCCCUGGUUCCGUCUGGUUGGCAGGGCUUUUGUAUAUCUGAGCAACCUGCUGUACCCUGUCCCUCUCGUCCACCGCGUGGCCAUCGUCAGUGAGAAGGGGGAGGUGAAGGGCUUCCUCCGAGUGGCAGUGCAGGCCAUAUCAGCGGAUGAGGAAGCUCCCGACUAUGGCUCAGGAGUGAGGCAGUCAGGCACCGCAAAAAUCUCAUUCGAGGAUCAGCAAUAUGAAAAGUUCCAGUCAAAAUCGUGCUCUGUGGGACUGUCCCGCACAGGGAUAUCCCAGGAGGAGCUUCGUAUCGUGGAGGGGGAGGGGCAGAACGCAGAAAUGGGACCCUCGGCUGAUGAGGUCAACAACAACACAUGUGCGGCUGGCACAGACGAGCUGGAGAAUCCUCUGAAGGCCAGUCUGGACGGACCACUCGAUGCUCUGGAGCACCUCAGGAUCGGUAACGUGUUUACCUUCAGGGUAACCGUCCUGCAGGCUUCCAGCAUCUCUGCAGAAUAUGCUGACAUCUUCUGCCAGUUCAAUUUCAUCCACCGCCACGAUGAGGCCUUCUCCACUGAACCCCUAAAAAACACAGGCCGUGGCCCUCCUCUUGGUUUCUAUCAUGUGCAGAAUAUUGCUGUUGAAGUUACAAAAUCCUUUGUUGACUACAUCAAGACUCAGCCAAUUGUGUUUGAGGUGUUUGGACAUUACCAGAAACAGCCUUUCCUUCCUCUCUGUAAAGACGUCAUCAGCCCCUUACGUCCCUGCAGGAGACAGUUCCCACGAGUGAUGCCUCUGUCCAAACCAGUACCUGCCACCAAGCUGACGGCCAUGACCCGUCCACAGGCAGGACCCUGCCACUGUAAAUAUGAUCUCAUGGUAUUCUUCGAGAUCUGCGAGCUGGAGGCCAACGGAGACUAUAUCCCUGCGGUGGUGGACCACAGAGGAGGAAUGCCUUGCCAUGGCACAUUCCUUCUGCACCAGGGCCUCCAGAGGAGAAUCACUGUUACUAUUGUCCAUGAAUCAGGAGGGGACAUCGAUUGGAAGGACGUCCGUGAGCUUGUUGUGGGACGUCUCCGCAACACGCCUGAGGCUGAUGAGACCAUCAUUGACCCCAAUAUUCUCUCCCUCAACAUCUUGUCUGCUGGGUAUGUCAGGCCCUUGCAAGAUGACAGCAUUUCCUUGGGAGUUGACCAUAGAACCUUCUACCGCUUUGAGGCUGCUUGGGACAGCUCCAUGCACAACUCUCUGCUACUAAACCGAGUCACUCCAUAUGGGGAGAAGAUCUACAUGACCCUGUCAGCCUAUCUGGAGAUGGAGAACUGCACCCAGCCCGCAGUCAUAACCAAAGAUAUCUGCAUGGUGUUUUACUCUCGAGACACAAAGCUCUCGGCGUCCCGAUCUAUUCGCAACCUUUUUGGUACUGGAAGUCUGAGAGCAGCAGAUGGAAACCGUGUAACUGGUGUUUAUGAGGUCAGCUUAUGUCAUCUGGCAGAUGCAGGGAGCCCAGGUAUGCAGAGGAGACGCAGGCGGGUGCUGGACACCUCAGUGGCCUAUGUCCGCGGGGAGGAGAACUUGGCUGGGUGGAGGCCCCGCAGUGACAGCCUCAUUCUGGACCACCAGUGGGAGCUGGAGAAACUCAGCCUCCUUCAGGAUGUGGAGAAGACCAAACAUUACCUGUUGUUGAGAGAGAAGCUGGAGUCCACUCUGCUCAUGGGCCAGGAGUCCCUGCAGUCCUGUGUCACCGACGAGCUGAGUGAGUCUCCUCAGCCGCCCGAGGUCGACCAGGAGGUCAGCUCCAGCUCUGAAAUCACCACUGAGAGGCAGAGGGAGCUUGCUGCCAAGUGUUUGCGGCUGCUCACUCACUCCUUCAACAGAGAAUAUGGCCAUGUGUGUGUCAGCGCCAGUGAAAGCAAGAUCUCAGAGAUGUCUGUCACAACACUAAGAGACUCCACGUCAAUCUCUGCUCUCAACACAAUCACACCUUCCUCAACAUGCCCUUCGCUGGUUGAGGGUUGCUAUGGCAACCUUGAACUGAGACCACCUAUGCCUCGCUCUCGUGCCGUCAGCCCCAGUCCGGACACACAGCAGGAAGCAGAGCCCAGAAAUUCCAUCAAUGGAGCCUCCGAAGCCAAGCCCCGCAUCCGCAAAUUCGUCCCUGAUAUCCAGGAGAUUAGAGUCAGCCCCAUUGUGUCAAAGAAGGGUUACAUACAUUUCUUGGAGCCAAACACCAACGGAUGGGUAAAGCGCUAUGUUGUGGUGCGGCGGCCGUAUGUCUACAUCUACAACACAGAAAGAGACACUGUGGAGCGGGCCAUUCUCAACCUCUCCUCUGCUCAGGUGGAGUACAGUGAGGACCAGCAGGCAAUGCUGAAGACCCCAAACACAUUUGCUGUGUGUACAGAACAUCGUGGAAUAUUGCUUCAAGCCACUAAUGACAAAGAGAUGCAUGACUGGCUGUAUGCGUUUAAUCCUCUCCUUGCUGGAACGAUCAGGUCAAAGCUGUCGAGAAGACGAGCUGGACAGAUGAGGAUGUGA